GAGCUGAGCACGGUGAGGACCUGUACAUCAGUCGGCUCUCCGGCACCCGAGACGUGUGUUCUGUGCCUUCGUCUCUCUCGUUCUGCCCUCAAUGGACACUUCGAUUAUACCGAAAAAACAGAGUUGCGUUUAUUUUUACGGUGACAGUGACUAAACAACACAACUCUGCAACUGUAUACCCAUCGCACUAGUGAUAAUACAGUACAAGUAUUUACAAAAGACAUCCUGUAAUUAAUCUUGGUUGCAUAAAUCCUCUUCAUCUCAGUUCGAAGUGAAAAUACCGGAAAUUAAAUAAUACUUGAUAUUACACUGUCGAAUAACUUCUCACCAAAGAAGAGAAACUCGACGAUGUAUGUUAAACUAUACGCAGUAAUACUAGUACUAUGUUCAUGGUCGUCGCCCGCACGGACCGCAAACUUCGAGCUGACAAUCCUUCACUUGAACGACUUCCACGCCAGGUUCGAGGAGACCAAUGUUUACUCCGGCAGGUGUUCUGACGGCGACAGGCAGAAGAACAGGUGCUAUGGAGGCAUUGCAAGGUUGAGCUCGGCGGUGAGACUGGAGCGCGAGAAGAGCCCCAACGUACUCUAUCUCUCAGCUGGCGACUACUUCCAGGGCACUAUCUGGUACACAGUCCACAAGUGGCGCGUGAUGGCUCAUAUGCUGAACCUCGUCCCCCACGACGCUAUGUCCUUCGGUAACCACGAGUUCGAUGACGGUAUCAGUGGCGUGGUGCCCUUCCUGGAGAACGUAACAUUCCCCGUCCUAGCAGCUAACAUUGAGGACUCCCAAGAACCAACCAUCCAGGAGAAAUACGCGAAAUCCGCAGUCUUCACCCGAGGAGGACGCAAAAUCGGUGUUAUUGGUUACGUCACUACAGAAACCAUGAUAAUCUCUGCACCUGGGAAGCUCAACAUCACGGACGAGGCAACGGCUGUGAGGAAGGAGGCUAGGAGACUGAGGAGUGAGGAGGGCGUGGAGAUCAUCAUUGCUCUGGGCCACUCCGGCUUUACGAAGGACAUGGAGAUCGCUAAGGCGGUGGCGGAGGUCGAUGUUGUGGUGGGAGGACAUACCAAUACCUUCCUUUAUACUGGUGAAAAUCCCUCGACGGAGCCCAAGAUGGGGGACUACCCGACCAUAGUGAAGCAGAGGUCAGGAAAACAGGUGCCGGUGGUCCAGGCUUAUGCAUUCGGCAAGUACCUCGGCAAACUGAUCCUCACCUUCAAUGAUGCAGGCGACGUGACGCACUGGGAUGGCAACCCUAUCUUACUGGACAACACUAUAGACGAAGCUCCUGAGAUCCUGGAGGCACUGCAGCCGUUCAGGAAGGAGUUAAAAGACGUGAUGAAGCAAGAGGUCGGGCGGACGUUCGUGUUCCUGGACGGCAACCGACUCUCGUGCCGGAGGAAGGAGUGUAACCUUGGCAACAUCGAAACUGACGCCUUCAUCCAUGUGAACGCCAAGUACCCAGAUGACUUGAGGUGGGCACACACGAGCCUGGCGGUUCAGAACGGAGGAGGGAUCAGAGCUUCCAUCGACGAGCGAACUUCUAUGGGGUCAAUAACCAUGGAAGAUAUCCUCACUGUGGCGCCAUUCCAGAACACAAUAGAUAUCGUUGAACUUCGAGGAAAACACGUGAGACAAAUGUUCGAGCAGUCUGUGGUAAACUAUGACCCGAAAUCACUAGAUCUUCCUGGAGGUUUUCUGCAAGUUUCUGGGUUCGUGGUGGUGUACGACAUCAACAUGCCUCCGGGGUCGCGGGUGGUGAGGCUCCAGGCCCGCUGUCAGGAGUGUCGCGUGCCGGAGAUGAAGGAGGUGGACGAUGACCUUACCUACAGGAUCGCCAUGACCUCCUUCCUGGCACGUGGAGGUGACGGUUACUCGGUCAUCAAAGACAACAAGGUCAACCAUCACCUGACAGGUCUACUGGAUACAGAUGUCUAUGACCAGUACAUCAAGCAGGUCAGCCCACUCUACAUGGGCCUGGAAAACCGCAUCCUCUUCGUGGACUCAUCUGAACUCUGUCCUGCGGCGUCAAACAAGUCACAAGAUUUGGUUCACGAGGAAGGCAGCUCAUAUGACCAUUACAACAUGGCCCCUCACGAGGUGUUGAGUGAAAUGAUGCAACGACACGAUGACUAUUUCCAGAAGCAUUAUGUCACGCCUCAGUCAGCUACACCGAAGAAAACGGGCUCUAGUCAAGGCCGAGAAGACAAACUUGAGGGGUACCUGAUACAACCUGCCGGGAAGAACACUGAGAACGAUUUUCAUGGCGGUCACGUAACACAGUUUCCUAUAAAGCUAUCCGAUAUAUUUUUCGAAGGUUCCCGGGUUGAAACUCCUGAUGGAAGUAGCAGGAGUUAUUUUAACUUCGAUUUUGGAAUGUGAUGUUUUAACUGGUGUUAUUUACGUACAAAUAUAACCUUGAGUACACACCCAGGAAAAGUAACCACAACGUAUACAUAAGAGCUCGUUAGUCACUUGUAUCUGGUCAAAAUAAUUAUUAAACAUGCGAAAUAUUCUGUAAUAAAUAACAACACAACUGAUUAAAAUUAGAGGUAAACAGUAGCUAAAACAACUAUCUGUGCACACUUUGAGGGAAACAAUAUGAGACCAUGGACGAUAAAUAUUGGUAUAUGAGGGCUGUCACUAGUCACAUGUAAAAUUUCGGACCAUAUUGACCCCCACCUGCACAGAUAGCUGAUUUAGCUACUGUGCAGUAUACAAAAAUUUAUUACGGUAAUAAAAAUCAAGAAUUGGUAUUAAACUUUUAGUAUAACAACGUUUCACCAAUAAAUCUGUAAAAUAAUUUUGAAGUGAUAAGCUGAAUUUAUCACCAGUUUAUUAAAUAAUGAAAUUCAACUAUCAGCAUUAUUGUCUUCAUAUUAAAUAAGGAAAAGCUUUUGUCGUUUCCGCUAUCGAAAAGUGUAACCAUAUUCUUGUUAUUUUUUUUUUAUAUAACGGACGAUUAAUUAGAGAGCGAAAGCAAUCACAUCUUAACUGAGUACUACUAUCACACAUUUUAUAUAUACAAUCUCUCCCUGGUACACUAUGUCUAAUCUACGAUAAACAACAAUUUGACAAAGCAACGUAACGAUGUGAUUUAUCCGUGUCAUUCAGCCUUCCUCAGUGAUUUAUCUAAGUUUACCCGAAAAAUUGGCGCGUAUACUGUAUUGCAUUUUCUUAUGACUUAAUACUUCUUUACUGGUUUUAAUUAUAUGCAUCUUCGUUUCUUCAUGAUCUAUCCUUUAUUUUUCUUCUUAUUUGACUCAUCUAACUAAAGUGGACUGUAUCUUCUAAUAUUUUCUUCUCCAGGUGUUUAAAAUAUAUUAGGUACUGUUUUAGGAACGUGUGUGAGUUAUGUCAUUUAGAUGUUUGCAACUUCAUCUACGGGACUAAACACAGUGUCAUACCAUCUUAAACACGUUUGAACGAUAAGAUGUUUAGGGGAAUGUAUAUAUCUUCCCAAUUAAUUUUUCACAGACACAAACAUCAACUUUACAUACACACACACACGUCCUAAAGCAGAGUACCGGGCCAAAUUUGAAGCCAUUCACAAUGAUCUGAAACCAUUUUGCACCCAGUUCUCUCGUAAACAAUCAAGACUGUUCAUUUCCUCAUACUUAUUCUCUUAGCGGUUUCUCUUUCGAACAAUCACUUGCGUCAGUUCCAAGAGAUUUUGUAAUGUUUUGUAUUAUGUCAUUAAUUUUGUUACAGAUGUGUGUGUGUGUGUCAUUUCAUAUUCAAAGUUGUGUGUUACCAAUAAUUAUUCAAGACAAGUGAGACACAGUUAUGGAGUAUUUGAUUGAAACUUGUUAUGUUUAUACACUGUGACUUCCUAGUAAAGUAUUGUUAAUUACAGUUAUAUAUUAUUUUAUUGUGUACGAUGUUCAAGCAGGGCAAAGAUAUAUAUAUAAUUAUAGGGAAAUAACUGCACGGAAACAAAUUAAUAUAUGAGAAUUUUAAGUGGUAAAUGUGUUUGUUGGAAAUAAAAUUUAAACAUA